AUGGGACUAGCAAAGGACAAUGCCGAGAAGCUAGUUCGAAUCGUCACUCCUGGAGUAUGGAUGCCCGAAGAAUUCACAGUUGGAUCCCAGAGUUCAGACAGUCUGAGUGAGGAAUUGAAGGCCAAGGGCCGAUACUGCCCGGUCUGUUAUUCUGUCACCAAAGACUUGGGCAUAUUCUCACGGCCAAAUGAGCCCCAUCCAAGGAAAUCCAAGUUGUUCCUUCAAUGGGAUGUUACUCUGCUGGAUCUUGUCAUGUCUGCUGAGGCAGACUGCAUAUUCUGCUGUUUCAUGAUAUCUCGAUUCUUCAAUGAUCCAAUGUACACCUUUUAUAUCGGUCAAGAAUUCGGGGCCAAAUUCGGAUGCUGCUAUCAAAAUCCCUCGCCGUCACGAGCGAAGGAGGUCCUCGACGCUGUCGCAAGAACACGGGAGAACUGUAAGAAGUACGGGAACCCACGCUUCCUCCUUAUAGCACAGCCCGAUGAUUAUUCUGUUCCGGAUGGCCGAUAUGAAAGACUGCGUUUUCUCGUGGACCGGACGAACUUGACCACAGCCGGUGCCGUGGAAGAGAUUUUGGGCUACAGGCGGCAGAUUGUUGUUGAAAUAUCCGCCCUCGCAGUCGCUAAAGCAAUCAAGGAUCUCGAGUAA